AUGUCGGCAAGUAUAAGCGAGUUUUACAACGGAAAAACUGUCUUAGUUUUUGGCUCGACCACAUUUCCAGGCAAAGUUUUGCUAGAGAAACUGCUACGUUCAUGUCCAAAUCUAGAGAACAUCUAUUGUCCGAUUCGACCGACGACCAAAAGUCAAAUACAUCAGCUUUCGCCUAUGGAUACAUUUGCUGAAAUCUACACAACAAAACUGUUCGACCGUGUCAGACGUAAUAACCCAAAAUUUCAAGAGAAGAUUAUUCCAUUUGAUAUUAAUCUUCUCAUCUCAUCGCCGACAAUCACGGAGGCCGAGAGAGAUCUCGAUGAAAACAAACAACUGCCGCAAGGAGUUUCAUGGAGGAAAUUACAAGAAACUAUCGAUGUAUGUUUCUACAUCGCAAAUAAUUCAGUCGAUUUUGAGGAACAAAAUCUGAAAGAUAUGAUACACACGAAUGUUAUGGAUUUGAAGAUUAUUUUAACUUUCUUGAAGACAUGCACACAAUUAAAAUCAAUUGUUUACUUAUCGUCGAUCUACGCAAAUAUCGAUUGUCCGUAUAUCGACGAAUGCAUUUAUCCAUGUCUGAUUGAUCCACAGAAACUAGUUGAUGCACUCGAUUGGAUGGAUAAAGAUAUGGUUGCGUUAGCCACUCCGAAACUAAUUGGACCAAAACCAAAUGCAUUCACAUUUUCACAUUGGUUAGCUGAAACAAUCUUAGCCGAAGAACAAAAGCAUCUUCCGUCGAUCUCGAUUGUUCGCGUCUCGAUCAUAGGCGCCGCAUGGAAAGAACCCUAUCCUGGUUGGGUAGAAAAAUCCGAUGGACCAAGCGAGUUAUUCGUUGCCGCCGGUCGGGGCUACUUGCGUUCGAUGAAAAGCGAUUCGAAUGACAUUCUCGACAUUGUGCCCGUCGACAUCCCUGUUAAUCUACUAAUUGCCGCAUCGUGGGAGAAAUACCAUGAGGAAAACCGAGAACGUUUGACAAUUUAUCAUUGUACGUCAAGUGGAUUAAAUCCAUUUCAUUGGCAAGAGAUGAGCAAUUAUUUUACUGAAUAUUCCAAACGUAUUCCGUAUGAACACGCAUUUCGUCGGCCUAAUCUAUCCAUGACAAGCCAUAGUCUAAUUCAUGAUUCGUACGUGUUCUUUUCACACUUGAUUCCAGCUCACUUAGCUGAUAUUGGCCUACGUUUGAUUGGUCGCAAAGCACAUGUAGUUAAUAUCUAUAAAAAUCUUCAUCGAAUUCUUCUUGGUCUCGAGUCGUUUACACAUCGGGGUGAAAUUCAAUGUUCUUAUGAUAGUCUAAAUUCAUUAAGACAAUUAGUUAGUGAAACAAAUAAUUCAACUGAAUUCUAUUUCGACAUCCGAGCAUUGCACUGGCCAACCUAUAUUGAAUCGUAUUUGAUUGGAACGAAACGGUAUGUUCUCAAUGAGGAUAUAAACUCUUUGAAUGGUGCGCAUAAGCAUUUGAAUAAUCUGCGAAACAUUCGCUGGACAUUCAACACGAUUGUUCUUGUUCUUCUUUGGAGAAUAUUCAUAUCGAAACGACCAACAGCAAGAAAUCUUUGGUAUUUCAUAAUGAACUUUUUCGUGGCCAAAUUUGUUCGAUUCUUCAAAAUCUUUAGCGCAGGAAAUACAUAA